AGCCAGGAAGCGAAAGAAGGAAACAAAGUUACCAGCGAAGGAGACGCGCGAGGGGCGGGGGGUUCUAGGCUCGGGAGCGACACGGACCGGGGGGUUCUAGGCUCGGCAGCGACACGGACCGGGGGGGGCGGAAGGAGGGAAGGAACCAGCCCGGCUGUGGGAGGGGGUGAAGGACCGACCCCCCCGCGCGAAACCCCGCCCCCCCGGGCGGAAGUCGGGGGCUCGGGGCCCCCCAGAGCCGGGCGCGGGGAACUCGGGGGCGCGGGAGAUGUGCGGGUGCUAAGGGGGGAGGGGAAUCCGCCCAGCGACCCUCCCCCACCGCGAGACCUCCGGGGGCAAAACAAAACCAGGAAAUGUCACCCCCCGGGGCCGCCUGGAUCCUGCUGCUUGGACUCCUCGGCGAAGCUGCUUCCUACACUGAGAGAGACUCGGCCACCUGCCGGGCACCCCUGGAGGUGCGGGGGGAGAGCCAGGGGGUGAUUCGCAGCUUCCCCCCCCGGCGCGGCCGCGUCCGGCCCGGCAACGGCACCUGCACCUGGCUCAUCCUGGGGGGCCCGCAGGACGUGGUGACCAUCAGGUUCGAGCGGUUCCAGCUGGCGUGCGGGGAGGCCAGACUCUACGUGUGGGCUCACUCCUACCCCGAGCAGGCCCUGUGUGGCUCCCGGCUCCCCGCCCCCCUGCAAUACCGGGGCACCAACGUCACCCUGAGCUACGGGCACAGCUGGACGGUGGCAGAAGGAUUCCAGCUUCGCUACAAGAGAGCAGGUCCCCUCCUCUCUGCCUCACCUCCAUCUUGUAACCUGACGCUGGAUGAUUUCUAUGGGGUCUUCUCCCCGCCUGCCUGGCCUGGGGUUCCCGCUGGAGCCCUCAUCCGGUGCCGCUGGGCCCUGGACCCCCACGACAGCCGCCCCCUCACUGUGCUCUUCACCACGCUGGACCUGGCUCCGACCGACUCCCUAGAGGUCUACGAGGAUCACCCAGACCUGUCGGCCGAGCCGCGGCUGCUGCGGCGCGUGGAUGCAGCCAGCAACGGGCAGCCAGUGGCAGUGGAGUCACCCUCCAGCCGGGCGUGGGUGGCCUGGCAGGGCCUGCAGGGCCGCGGCUUCAACGCCACCUACCACGUGCGUGGGUUCUGCGUGCCCUGGCAGCGGCCCUGCGGCCGGGGGGACGAGGCCCGGUGCUAUGGGGAGGCGGAGCGCUGCGACGGCAUCUGGCACUGCCCAGACGGGGCGGACGAGGAGCACUGCCCAGGCUGCCCGGAAGGGAGCUACCCCUGCCACGAUGGCGCCGGGGGCCCCUGCUACGCACCCGCUGACCGGUGCAAUUACCAGACGCUGUGCCCGGACGGGGCGGACGAGCGGGGCUGCUGGCGCUGCCAGCCCGGCAACUUCCGCUGCGGGGACGGGCGCUGCGUCUACGAGGCCUGGCGCUGCGACGGGCAGCCCGACUGCGCCGACGCCUCCGACGAGGUCUCCUGCCCCUACACCCUGCCCCGCAAGGUGGUGGCCGCCGCGGCCAUCGGCAGCCUGGUCUGCGGCCUCCUGCUGGUCAUCGCGCUGGGCUGCACCUGCCGCCUCUACGCCGUGCGCAGCCGGGAGUACAGCCUCUUCGCCCCCCUGUCCCGCAGCGAUGCCCAGCUGGUCCGGCAGGAGGCGCCACCGUCCUACGGGCAGCUCAUCGCACAGGGGCUGGUCCCGCCCCUCGAGGACUUCCCCACCGAGAGCCCCGGGCAGACGUCGCUGUUGGGGAAUCUACGCUCUCUGCUCCAUCUGCUCCAGCACGAGCCGGUGGGGGGGCGCCGGGCCCGCCGCCCCCCCCGCCCCCUGCGCCGCCUACUGCGCCGCCUACGCCGCUGGGGGCUGCUGCCCCGCUCCGCCCCUGCCGCCCGCCCCCCUGCUGCCCCCCCAGCCCAGCCCCUGCCGGACGCUACCAACCAGGAGGAAGGGGGGGCAGCCAGUGGGCCCGAUGAGGCCCCGCCCCUGCCGCAGAAAGUCCCGCCCCCUGGGCCAGAGCCCCCCACGGGCCCCCAGCGGCUGCCCAGGGGGGUAAUGGGGGCCCUCCGCGGGUGCCUCUUCUCCUCUCCCGAGGGCCGUGGGGAGCCCCCAAGCCUCCCCCCCUCCCCCGAGGGGGAGGACGACGUGCUGCUACUGCCCCUCGCUGAGUCCCGGCCCUCCCCCCCUGCCGAGGCCCUGGACGACGACCCCCUCCUGCCCUGAGCGCCCCCCGCCAGGCCCCAUUGCCUUUAAGAACCCAGCAGCCAACGGGGAGAGUGGUUAAGCCGGGGCCAGCUGGGGUGGCCAUAGUUGUGAGGCAGUCAAAAACUGCCAUUGCACAUUGCCUUUAAGGACUUAGCGCUAACUGAGGCGAGAGAAAAAAAUUGCCUGCCAGUUAAAAAAGCUCUUCAAGGGAAGAGCUUUGUCAGACAUUGCCUUUAAGACAUUGCGGCUAAUGGGAGAGCGGGGCGGGGUGGCCCCCCAUCCCCCCGCGGCCGGGUCUGGCUGCCUCGGCCCAGAAGGAAAAAUAUGUCUGUGGCAGUCAGAAAAGGCUCUUAAAAGGGGUGUGCCCUUUAGAAGUCCUUGUGUGGCUGUUCUAAAGAACAUCUUAAAGGUGCUGGAGCCCUAUGAGAGGAGGGAAGAAAUGGCAGUUAAAAAAGACUCUUAAAGGCGAUGGCUCAGCUGGCAAUCAUUUUUCUCUUCUCUGAGUUUAAAUUUUCUAUGAUCAAUUAUGUUUUCAUACCUGGGUUAGAAAAAUUGAACCUUUGCACAUUUCUUUUUGCAGUGCCUGAUAAAUGAAUCUUUACGGUAAGCAAAGCUUUUGUGUGUGGAGGUUAAAAAAAAGGUCUUUUAAAGGCAAUGGGCAAAAUCAGCAACAUUUAAUCCCUGUUUGCUAAAACGUGGUUCUGAUUGAAACAAAAAAAUGAGAAAUUGAGAGAAAAUGAAUACGUGAGUUUGUGGCUGGGAUUCUCCAUGCAAAAUAUUUGCAUGGCUGUCAAAAAAGAAAACUCUUAAAGGUAAUGCCCAUUUUACCUCCUCAGGAGAUUGUUUUAAAUGAUUGUUUUUUAAAAAUAUGACUUAGAAGAGACAAUGUGCGUCUGUAUUCGGCUGACAAAUCGAACAGUGAUUCUGAGUGACAAAAGAGAUACGUGGCAGUUAAAUAUAUACAAAUAUAGAUAUAUAUUCUUAAAGGCAAUGACUAAAUCUGAAAGAUUGUCAGCCAUUUUUGAUAGUUUUUUAAUAUAUAUGUGUCAUUUUUGUAAAGAAGGUGAGAAAUACGAUUAAAAGAAACGUGUGUCUCUAUGGAUGGGGGAAAUUAACAUGUGAGUCUUGGCACCAAAUAUUUGUAUUUAAACUGAUUUUUAAAGGCAAUGGCAAAAGCAUUUAACCAGCUACCGCGAGAGGUUUUUGGUUUUUUUGUAGUUAUGUUUUUAAACGCAAUAUCGGAAGCCGAGUUUUCACAAGUUCCACAGCCAGAAAAGCUGGACUUGAUUCUCAACCCAGACUCUUUGUGUUGCUGGGUUUGCUGUUGUUUUAAAAAGCUUCUUAAAGGCAAAGUUUGGAUCAGAAAAACAGACACCAACUUUUUGGAGUGAAGUUUUACUCGGUUCGCUUGUUCGUUCUGCACAAUUGUGUUUGCAGGGGAGGAACCAGGCAGAAAAUCAAGGUGCAAAUCGGUGCCCCAGAAAAUCGAGGUGCGGCGUGUCAGUGUAAAGUAUUUGCCUGGCCAUUAACAAAUAAAAUAAAUACAAGAAACAAGCGGGUUUAUCUGUGCCCCAAAUCAGUAAACCUCAGCCCUGACUCCCUGUACGGCUCAGCCUGCGAAAUACAGCGCUGAGACGGAAACGUUUAACCAGCUUUGGUAGAGAACUUGGUAAAAGAGAAAACAGACGAUAAGUUGGUGCAUCAGUGUAUGCAACAGAAGAGACGCAGUGCAAAAAUCUGUGUGGCAGACAAAAAAAAUACUCUUAAGGGUAAUGGCCAGGUGGCGAAAAUUUAACCAGGUUUUUCUGAAGAACUUGUUUUAUUUAAAAAUGAGAAAUAGCUGGAAAAUGAGAUUAAAAAUCUACAUAGCUGCAAAAUUAGAAUCCUGGCUGUAAAACAUUUACGAGGCAGACAAAAAAUCAAAUAUUAAAGGCAAUGGCCAAAUUGUUA